AUGUCCUACUAUGUCUCGCCCGACUUCAACACCAAGAUCAACAGUGAUCCUGACCUCCCCAUUCUCAUGCUGGUCCACGGAUUUCCCGACCACGCAUACAUGUGGGCAGGCGCCGUCCCUCAUCUCUCCAGUCUCGGUUACCCGAUGAUCCUCCCGGACCUCCUGGGGUUCGGGGGCUCAUCCAAACCCACUAAGCCAUCACUCUACAACUACCGCCAACAAGCUGACUCACUCUCCCAGAUCCUCGACCAAGAAGGCGUGACAGGAAAACGCGUCAUCCCGAUCGGCCACGACUGGGGCAGCGCGACCUCACAACGCUUCUAUCUCUACCACCGGGACCGCUGCAUGGGGUUGUGCCUCCUGAGCCUGGCAUAUCAAAUCCCCACUUCGUCGCGUUUUUCCCUGUCUACCGCAAACGAAGAGACCACUAAGCGCUUCGGCUAUCCACAGUGGGAGUACUGGGAGUUCUUCACGGCGCCGGACGCGCCAGAAGUGAUGCGCCUCAACCUCGAACGCUUCUGGGAGGUCAACAACGGGCUGUAUUCCUCGCCGUUGCCGGAGGAAAAGGGCCGUGAUAUCUGGAUGCGCGAAAUGUUCUGUACUAAAGACGCUAUGCGUGAGUAUAUCACUAGAACUGGAAAGUAUGCCGGCGGGUACACGGUGCCACUGAAGAAUUAUCCCGACGGCGAGAAAUUGAAGCAGGAUUUCAUAAAGAGAAUGUCGCGCGACGGGUUCGAGGGGCCGGUGUGCUAUUAUCUCAGCUUGGCGAAUAAUACGAUGAUUGAGGAUGAGAAGUUGUUAUGUGAGAAAGAUGAAAACGGUAGGGACAAGAGGGUCAGUCAUUGA